CAUAGUUAGAGACGUGUUAUUAAAUCAUGACUUCAAAUAAUAUGUCUUUAGAAUAGAGUUCGUCUUUCAUGGCAUUGAAUCGUCUCUCUCUCUCUCUCUCCCGCACUCUCACUCAAACACUCUCUCACUUUCACUCGCUUUACGGGUGGAUAAGAGCAUCAAAUUGUUUUGAAGACUGACUACAAAUUGAGGACUAGUUUUGCAUUGAAUUGAAAAGAAAAAGAGGACUUUCUUUCCACUCCUCACACAUACAACUAGUGCUUGAGUUUGAGACCAAAGAUUUUCAUUUGACUAAACAGUCAGAUAUAUAACGGUUUGGCGAUAAGACAUGAGAAGUAUUAUAUUGCUUUCGUUAAUUGGUUUGGCAUUAAGUGCCGAAACCAGAGUCAAAGUCGGAUCAAAGAGAUGGGCCUUUCAUAUAGAGACCAAUGAAGGCAAGAAUGUCCGCAAAGAGUAUACCGAUGAAAAUGGUGUAACUGUCGGCACAUUCAGCUUCAUUGGCGCCGAUAACUCAUCGAAACAACUCCAAUAUAAGUUUGAAUUGACUGCCGAUGAACCCGACAUAUCAUUCAAAGUGGUCCCAGAAAACGCUGAAACCCCUGAAUCGGCGGCAAAAGAAACUGAAGGUCGAAGUGAUCAGGAUAACUCUAAUAACGCUAAUAACGCUAAUGCUACACUAGCUACUACUGAACCAAAUUACGAGUCCAUAAACGGCGAGGAGGAGUUCACUGGACACGUCUCACUAAGAGUGGGAAAAUCUGUUUACUUUAUAAACUUCUUAAGCGGUGAUAAGACUGCGGCCCGCGAGGAGGCAUUUGAUGAGAAUGGACUCAUUUAUGGCAAAUACACGUAUUUCAACGAGGCUAAACUGUCCAAGAUUGUCGUUAAUUACAAAUUCAAUUCCUCUGGAAGUGAUCCCACAUUUGAGGUCUCGUUGUAUAAGAAGAAUGAACCGAAUCGUCUCAAUCCACUCGAAAAUGAAUCAAAUAAAUAA